AUGCGACGACGUAACCAGGAGCAAAUGCUCCUCGAGGAGCUGAAAAACGCCCGCGAUGAAAAAGACGCGCAACGUGGUGGACCGCGGAACGAGACUGAGUUCACGAGUGAAGAACAAACCAUAGAGAAGACCGAUUGCAAGCGUACCAAUCCAGAUCGGGCUUUUGACGAUAACCUUGAUGGAGCUGACAAUGAGACGCUUUCAAUAACAGGGAGUCCGUCUUACGUUUUGAUAUAA